CAAAAGUGGAUAUUGCUAAAAAAAGAUAAAUUAAAAAAAACGUGCAAGGGGUCCAGCGGAGAAGAUGGAUCAGGAUCUGAAAUCCACCACGGGCACGGCGGCCAUCGAGCAUCGGUCGUUCGCUCGGAUCGGGUUUCUGGGGAAUCCCAGCGAUGUAUACUUCGGGCGUACAAUCUCAUUCACAAUAGGCAACUUCUGGGCGUCAGUGAAGCUGGAGCCAUCGGAACAUGUGAUAAUAAAGCCACAUCCAUUCCACGAUCUCGUCCAGUUCAACUCUCUCGACCAUCUCCUGAACCGCUUGGAGAAUGAAGGUUACUACGGUGGUGUUAGGCUGCUAAUGGCCAUUUGUAAAGUGUUCCGUAACUAUUGCAAAGAUAAUGCCAUUCAGCUUCAUCAACGAAACUUCACUCUUUACUACAACACCAAUAUCCCUAGGCAGACAGGGCUUUCUGGUUCUAGCGCCAUUGUCUCCGCUGCUCUUAGCUGCCUUCUUGACUUCUACAACGUCAGGCAUCUCAUCAAACUACAAGUUCGCCCUAACCUUGUUCUCAAUGCUGAGAAAGAGCUUGGUAUUGUCGCUGGUCUUCAGGACCGGGUUGCUCAGGUCUAUGGUGGUCUUGUUCACAUGGAUUUUAGUAAGGAGCACAUGGAUAAGCUGGGACAUGGGAUUUACACUCCUAUGGAUAUCACUCUCCUUCCACCUUUGCAUCUUAUCUAUGCUGAGAAUCCUAGCGACUCCGGCAAGGUACAUAGUAGGGUUCGACAAAGAUGGUUAGAUGGCGAUGAGUUGAUAAUCACAUCAAUGGAAGAGGUUGGAAAGCUAGCAGAAGAGGGUCGAACUGCCUUACUCGAAAAGGACCAUUCCAAGCUCGUGCAACUCAUGAACCGUAACUUCGACCUUCGGAGGAAGAUGUUUGGGGACGAAUGCUUAGGAGCAAUGAACAUAGAGAUGGUGGAAGUUGCAAGGAGGGUAGGUGCAGCUUCCAAGUUCACCGGAAGUGGAGGAGCAGUUGUGGUUUUCUGUCCUGAGGGACCAUCUCAGGUGAAGCUUUUGGAAGAAGAAUGCAAGAAAUCGGGAUUCAUACUUGAGCCAGUGAAGAUUGCACCUUCAUGCUUGAAUGAUUCUGACAUUCAAAGCCUUGGCUGAGUCUUCUUUUCUCCACGGAGAAAGCCUCAGUUACAUACAUUACAUGUGAGCUUUUAUGUCUACGUCUUUUAAUUUUUCUACGUCUUUUCCUUAGUUUAUAUCCUUUAAUAUUUUCUGUUUUGUUUUCUUCCACAUACAGUUUUUUGAAUAAGGAACUUUGAACAUUAAGAAAUCAUGUUGCAAUAAACAAAAAAAAAGCCAGAGAAAUAGUGUA